CCAGAGGCUCUGAUGAGAGGUCGGCACAGAGGGCAGAGCGGACAGCACCUGUCAUGGCCGGUGCAGCGGACAGUGUAGGCAGUCUGGCAGCGGAGCAGAACCACCUGAGUGUCACUGAUCAUGGAGCCUGGGCCACAGCCAUGAACAACCUGGGCAUCAUACCUGUGGGCAUCAGUGGACAACCGCUGGUGUCAGACUCUCUGUGUAUCCAGAGGUUCGAUCCCGGCCUCGGCCUCAUCGCUCCCAUCAACCCUCUGAUGGCGGGCAUCAGCCUGGUCCCGCCCCCCCCCGUGCCCCCGGACACGCCCAUCAUCAAGGAGAUUAUUCACUGCAAGAGCUGCACGCUGUUCCCUCAGAACGCCAACCUGCCCCCUCCCUCGAUGCGGGAGCGCCCCCCCGGCUGCAGGACGGUGUUUGUCGGAGGUUUGCCGGAGAACUCGUCGGAGGAGAUGAUCCGAGAAGUGUUCGAUCCGUGUGGAGAGAUCACCGCGCUGCGCAAGAGCAAGAAGAACUUCUGCCACAUCCGCUUCAACGAGGAGUUCAUGGUGGACAAGGCUAUUUACCUGUCAGGGUAUCGGAUGCGUAUCGGAUCCAGCACCGAUAAGAAGGUCGGGAGGAUCCACGUGGACUUCGCUCAGGCCAGAGACGAUCUGUAUGAGUGGGAGUGUAACCAGCGGCUGCUGGCCCGGGAGGACCGACACCGCCGGCAGGUGCACGAGGACCGCCUGCGCCCGCCGUCCCCCCCGCCCGUCGUGCACUACUCUGAGCACGGCGCCAUGUUGGCAGAGAGACUGAAAGACGACCACAGCUUCGGCGAGGCCACGGCGGUCCUCUUCACGUGGAUCGACCGCGGCGAGGUCAACCGCCGAACGUCCAAUCACUUCUACUCGAUGGUCCAGUCGGCCAACGGCCACGUGCGGCGCCUGAUGAGCGAGAAGGCUCAGCACGAGGAGGAGAUGGAGGUCGCCAAGGAGAACUUCAGGAACGCCCUGCUCGCCAUCCUGACUCAGUUCGAGAAGAUCUCAGCAGUGUUCAGCGCCACCACCAGGCAGAAGGCGUGGGACCAUUUCUCUAAAGCUCAGCGCAGGAACGUGGACGUCUGGAGGAAGCAGUGUGAGGAGCUGAGAAACGCUCACAGUGAAGAGAUCAUGGGAAUCAGACGAGAGGAGGAGAUGGAGAUGUCCGACGACGACCUGGACGAGAAUCCCUGUAAGAGGCUCCGCACUCAGGAGAACGGAGCGUGGGACCAGGCGUCUCUGAGGGAGGAGAACGACUCCCUGCGCUGGCAGCUCGACUCCUACAGGAACGAGGUGGAUCUCCUGAGGAAGGAGCAGAGCAAAGCUGGUCGCCAUGACGACGACCCCACGCAGACACAAGGUCCAGACGCUCAGAUCCAGCAGCUGCAGCAGAGGAUGCUCAACAUGCAGCAGCAACUCGUCAGCCUGCAGGUGAAGCUGACGAGUAAAGAAGCCGAACUGGAGCAGGCGAGAGACGAGCAGCGUUACCUGGAGGGAGAGGUGCUGGUGCUCAGAGACAAGUUACUGAGCAGUCCUGUGGAGGCGCUGGACGGAGCCAAUGGGGAGCCACAUGAAAAGGGGAUGAACGGUUGUGUUCCGUCACUGUUCUACAGCAGAGACAGGAGGAGUGAUGUCAUCACGAGGGGAGGAGUCGCUUCAGAGAAAGAGGCUCUGCUUCUGGGCAUCAUUUCCACGUUCCUCCACGUUCACCCGUUUGGGGCGAACCUGGAAUAUCUGGUGUCGUACAUCCAGAGACUCGACUCCAAGGUGUCGGCCGGCGAGCUGGAGCGCCUCAUGGUCCGACUGCCCGCCGUGUUCCGCCAGGAGCUGAGCGGCGUCGGAGCCACUCUGGAGAAACGAUGGAAGUUCUGCGGCUUCGACAGCCUCGGGUCAGUGUGACGCAGGCGCCACGUGCACACGCCAGGAAAACACGUUAAGAGACACAUGUGACGCCGCGACCCUUUAA